GCUCCAAGCCGACGCAUGCGUAUUACAAACCGGGCGUUUCUGGGGUCCGUGUGCAUGCGCAUUGAGGGCAGGGAGGGGGAGGACUCGCUUUCCCAGCGUGCCCCGCCGGAAGUGCCACUCUCCCAUAUAAAGCAGAAGCGGCGACGGAGUGAGAUACUCGGCGGUGGUAGCAGUAGCAUCAGCAUCGUUAUCAUCAUCACCAUCAUCAUGGCAUCCGGUGUGGCAGUGUCGGAUGGGGUGAUCAAGGUGUUCAAUGAGAUGAAGGUGCGCAAGGCAUCACCGGGGCCGGCCGAGCUGAGCCAGCGCAAGAAGGCCGUGCUCUUCUGCCUGAGCGAGGACCAGUGCGCCAUCGUGCUGGAGCCUGGCAAAGAGGUGCUUGUGGGCGACGCAGUCCCUGACCCCUAUGCUGCCUUCGUGGCCCUGCUGCCUGAGCGUGACUGCCGCUACGCCCUCUACGAUGCCACCUACGAGACCUGUGAGACCAAGAAGGAGGACCUGGUCUUCAUCUUCUGGGCUCCUGAGAAUGCCCCCUUGAAGAGCAAAAUGAUCUAUGCCAGCUCCAAGGACGCCAUCAAGAAGAAGCUGACAGGCAUCAAGCACGAGCUGCAGGCCAACUCCUUCGAGGAGGUGAAGGACCGGUGCACGCUGGCUGAGAAGUUGGGGGGCAGCUCUGUUGUUAGCUUGGAGGGGAAGCCUGUGUGAGCCCCCACGCCCCGCCCCACCACCACCAGUC